AUUAGAAAAGUAAAGUAGCUAAUCAUUCGUUUGCAUUGAACAAAAAAAAAACAAGUUUUUCCGAAGUGCGUGUACGUGAUUCACCGUCGUAUUCUUUUUUUCUGUUAACCGGAAAGAAGCUCCAGCUGAGAAAAGUGUGAAACAAUGUCGGAAGUUGUUGCAGCACCAGAAAAAGUGACAUCAACCGUAGAGGAAUCCAGCGGAAAUGCAGAACCGGACAAGACAAAAGCGGAGGACCUGAAGAAUCGUGCUAACGAACACUUUAAAAACAAGGACUACGAUAAUGCCGUCCAACUGUACACGGAGGCCAUCGUGGUGGACGGAACGAAUGCGGUGUACUAUGCCAAUCGCAGCUUCGCCUACCUGCGACAGGAAGCGUUCGGUUAUGCCCUGAACGAUGCCGUCCAAGCGAUCAAAUGCAAUCCGGCCUACCUGAAGGGUUACUACCGGCGGGCGGGAGCGCAUAUGGCCCUCGGUAAAUUUAAGCUGGCCCUGCAGGAUCUGGAGUACGUAGCCAAGCGGUGUCCGAACGACAAGGAUGCCCAACUGAAGUACACCGAAUGCAACAAGAUUGUGAAGAAAAUGGCUUUCGAGCGGGCGAUCGCCGUCGAUAAGCAGGAGAAGAGCUUGAUGGAAAUGUGUCGCGAUCUAGAGUCAGCCACUAUUGAAGCAGACUAUGCUGGACCCAAGCUAGAGGAUGGCAAAGUAACGCUAGAGUUCAUGAAGCAUUUGAUUGAAUGGUAUAAAAACGAGAAGAAGUUACACAAAAACUUUGCAUAUCGAAUUCUGUGCGAUGUUGAAGCUUUGUUCAAAAAGCAACCUUCGCUGGUAGACAUAACCGUUGCAGGUGAUAGUAAGUUUACCGUUUGUGGGGACAUUCAUGGGCAGUACUACGAUUUGCUCAACAUCUUCGAGAUCAAUGGUCUACCUUCGGAGACUAAUCCGUACCUGUUCAAUGGGGACUUCGUCGAUCGGGGUUCGUUUUCGGUGGAGUGCAUAUUCACUCUGUUCGGAUUUAAACUGCUUUAUCCGGAUCAUUUCUUCCUGUCACGCGGUAACCACGAAAGCGUGAAUAUGAACCAGAUGUACGGCUUCACCGGAGAGGUGAUAGCCAAGUAUUCGCAAACCAUGUCGGAAAUGUUCACGAUCGUCUACAACUGGCUGCCGUUGGCGCAUUGCAUCAACAGCAAAAUUCUCGUUAUGCACGGGGGCCUGUUCGCCAAGGACGGAGUGUCGCUGGACGACAUCCGAGCCAUCGAUCGGAACCGGCAACCCCCGGAAGAGGGGUUAAUGUGUGAACUGCUGUGGUCCGAUCCGCAGCCGCAGAAUGGACGGGCACCGUCCAAACGCGGCGUGGGCAUCCAGUUCGGACCGGACGUAACCAAACGAUUCUUAGAGUUUAAUCAAUUGGACUAUGUCAUCCGGAGUCACGAGGUCAAAGACCAGGGCUACGAGGUGGCACAUAACGGCAAGUGUAUUACCGUGUUCUCUGCCCCAAACUAUUGCGACGCUAUGGGUAAUUUGGGUGCUUUUAUUAACCUGAAAGGCAAUGAUCUGAACCCUCAGUUCAAAACAUACGCCGCCGUGCCCCAUCCGAAGGUGAAGCCCAUGGCUUACGCCAGCACGUUAAGUCUUCUGGCGUAGCAACUUUGCUAGUGUAGGAACCGUCGCGAAAACUGCCCAAAAGUAUCGUCGCGUGGUAUAUGGUAACCAAAAAGAGGAGGGUCUUUUAAUCGUCUGCACACUUUUAAACCUAUACUUUUAUUGGGAAGGGAGUUCUGCGGCUCUUUCCGUUUAUUUCAAAACUUAUUUUUUUGUUUUAUAUCGCAAAGCCGUGCAAAAAGUUUUAUCAUGCUUUACAGCUACCUUCUUUUAUCAGUUGAAAACUAAGGUACAACAUAAGCAACUGUUCCUGUAAUACUUUUCAUUAAGUUAAAAAAAAUUUAUGAAUAGGUUGUUAGGCUUUGCGCAAUUCAAGAAAUGAAAUUGUAGAUACUUAAGUAGAACAAGCAAUGUUCAACCCUCUUGAACAUAGCAAAAACAAACAAAAGAACAUUAGAGUAGUUAUUAGAAAAUUUACAUGUACAAUCACAGCCCCCACGUUUACAUUGAAUGAAGCUCACACAAUUUAACAAACAAAUACGAUCAACUAUCGAGUGAAAAUCUACAACCGCAAGCGGUUGAAAUCCAAAUUUUAUAUACUUAGCCCUAUGCAAAUUGAGGAAAGAAACCGGAAAAAUACAGCUCCAGUUUAAGGCAGCUCUAAAAUACUGCUAGACGAACAUUUAGGGAAAACCGUAUGUAGCUAACAAAAAAAAAGAUAAAAAACAAUUCUUAUAUCACACAGCUUUCGGCUGUUUACGCCGGAAGGAAAUUAAUUCGGUUUAGUUACGGUAGACUAGAACAAUGCAUCUUGUCAGCUAAGCAAAGUUGAGGACGAGUGAAAGGUGUGUGAAAAAAAAAGGAUCAAAUUGUUUUAAGUUUUAGGUUAAAACUAGAUCAUGGCAAUAAAAACCAGUAUA